AUGACUAACGUCAGUCUGGCCCAACACACUCCGCUCGAGUCGCUUCUGCUCUUGCACGCCUUGCGCAGCGAUGGCCUGACUGCCAUUCACUUCGGCCAAAUUUCAGAGCAGCUAAACAACAUACCGCUCGUGCGCAACGACCCAUCCUACGACAGCGCUCGUUUGCACCAAGAUGCUUUGAAACACUUGUGUCUGCGAUUGCUCAAGGACGAAGCACGCAAUAGCCUGGAUCAGCAUGACGACAGGAAGAAGAGACAACUCAGCCCGACCAUUCUUAGCAUUGAAGAAGCCGCCAAACACUCCCAUUUGAUCCCUCGUCUUGUUCAUCGCCUGUACACUCGCUACAGGGAGGGUGUAGUCGCUGAGAUUAGGAAAGAGGAGGAAAAGUACGAUACUUUGACGCGCGAGAUUGGUGAAAUAGAGGCUGGACAAUGGGACGACCGACUACGAAGCGAACAAGCUGCCACACUCUCAUCUACCGAGCCGACUCCAACAGCAGAUGCGAAUGCCCAAACCAAUGCAUCCGCUGCUUCAACUCCUGGAGAAAACGCGUCGCAGCAUCCCAAGGAGCCAGCACGACUGAAUCGCGCAAAAAUUGACGCUGUCAUCAAUCAUGAGCCUUUCGCUGCUCGUCCUACAGCUUCGCCCACGCCUCCGUUGCCUCCAUCGUCUUCACAGUCGCAGUAUGCCCCUCCUGCAGUACCUCACAGGCUGUCGACCACUUCCCUGCCACCUCUUUCCGAGAUGGCCCCAGAGUCUCCUCCUCUGCCACAGCACAUGCAGCAAUCUCAACCCUCUCCACAGCUACCAAAUCUGCAAUCAGCUCCUGCCUACCGUCUGUCUCCAGUCAUACAGCAGAAUGGUUUCCCCCCUCAGUUUGCUCGACCCAACGCUCAGCCGAGUCCUCGUCACAGUCCUGCUCCAUCCUCGCCUCGUCCAGUUCUGCCACUUCCUCCUGGCAUGACUAUGCCACCUCGCCCACAUUCUCCUGCUCUGUCGGCUCGUGCUGGUCCUGCUCAAUAUCCGUCGCCAACGCAGCGUAUGCCUCCAGUUCCUCUCCAGCCCGCCCCGCGACCAUCUCACGUUCAAAACUCUCCAGCAUACAACCAGGCAUACCCUCCAUACUCUCAACAGCCAGGUUACCCUCCUCAACAGCAGCCAGCAUAUCCAACUCGUCCGCCUCACCAAGGAGGUUAUCAAUUGCCACCCUUCCAAGUUGCUGCCCAGGAUCCAAACAGAAUGCAUCAACAGCAUAUCGCCCAACAACACGCUCGUCAACCACCUACUCCUGCCCGUCAGCAUGUUCCUGCUCCCUACUCUCCCCACACGCCAUACGCCUAUCCUGCGCCUUCUGAUCCUCGUCGUCCGGAUGCUGCAAAUCCCUUGGACAUUUUGAGCAGUUUGAGAAAGACGCCUCGCUCAACUCUUUCUCGUUCAAUGACUCCUCGUUCGAAUCCUCGUGUUGCAACUUGGAAACGUGAAAGACCAUCCAUGCUGUCCAGACCAUUCAUCGACGGCGUCGAAAGUCCUGCACCUGAACGUGUGAGCCCACCUCCACCAUCGCGUGAAAUUUCGCCUGUCCGCACUGCGAAAGAGGUUCCAAUCAAGCCCAAACCUGUGGAAGAACAUCCAAACCAAGUCGAGCAGGAAGAAGCAGAACCAACUCCUAAACCUGCCAAGUCUAGUCGCAAAUCAACUAGACGCAAUCGUGCUGCGAGCAAUGCUUCUUCUGCCAUUGCGAGCUCUGUUCGUGCCAGAACAAGGAGUCAAUCGGUGCUCUCUCAAAUCGAGGCUCAAGCUCCCCACCCAGAGCAAUUGGCUGCAUCGCGUGUUGUUAAGGACGAACCAAUGACACCUGCCGACAUGCUUCAGGAAGAGAUUCUUCAAGCCGAAACCUCUGAUCCACCUUCUCAACUCAGGUCGAAACGUGGUCGGUUCGCGGGCAACAAGCGCAAGCGGGCUCGUUCGGCAACUCCAAUUCCUUCCUCAGAACCACCUGUCGCAGAAUCUUCUGAACCCGAACAAACAGGACCAGCUUACGGACCUCCUCUCAGAAACAAAGUUCAAGCACAUCGCAAUUUCGCACGCAUUUCCAACGUGAUCAUUAACGAUAUCACUCAACAUAAACAUGCAGGACCAUUCCAAAAACCCGUCCGCGAAAAAGACGCAGAAGGCUACACUUCCAUCAUCAAACGGCCCCAAGAUCUGAAAUCCAUAAAGGCAGCUAUAACUUUUGGAUCUCGCGCCAUCAAUGCCGCUACUUCGUCUACGGAUUCUCCGGCUGCUACACCUUCUACCUCUUCCUCAGCUUCUCUGGUUCUGCUCGACAAAACAGCAGACUUGAUCCCUCCUCGUGCGAUUGUCAAUUCUAGCCAACUUGAAAAGGAAGUCAUGAGGAUGUUUGCCAAUGCUGUCAUGUUCAAUCCUGGUAUGGAGGGUAUGGUGCAGGAUGCACGUGAAAUGGCAGAUGACAUUGAAGCCAAAGUCAGAGAUUGGAGGCAAGUCGAAGGUGCGGCUGCGAAUGUUCGACAAGCUGUUGCUGAUAAGGAAGAUGAAGAAGAAGGAGGAGGUGUCGGGGGUGGGGUGGGGCUUCUGCAACCACUGGAGGAGACAAGAAAAGAAGAAAGGUUUGAUAAUUUUGAAGAAACGACCUCCAAGAUUUCACUCAGCGGCAAUAUGUCAAGCAGAUAUGGUGGCUUGAAUUGGACACGCACAAUCUAG